AUGUUAAAAUAUAUUAAUAAAAGAAGAUUCUUUUCCUUAACAUCCUUAGCAUUAUUAUCAUUAGCCUCUUUAUACAUAUUAAGAAGAAGCUAAAAAAAAAAAAAAAAGUUAGAUAACUAAGACAUCGAAAAAUUAACAAAAAAAAGAUAUAAAGGUUGGUACAAUACAAUAGAUUCAUCCUCAGUAUCAAAUUUAGACGAAGUAUAUUGUGACCAUUAUGAUCAUAUUAUAUAUAUAGAUUUUAAUAAUAAAGUAUUAAAUGGGAGCACUAAUUAUCAAUUUAGUGCUUUAAAAAAUACUUUAGUAGUACAAUUGGAUAUAAGAAAUAUAGAAGUAAAAUAAUGCUUUAUGAAUAAUUAAAAAUUAAUAUUUAAUAUUUAAAAAGUAAGUGAAUAAUUAGGUGAUUAAUUAAAUAUAUUUUUAUGUGAAGAUAUUGAAAAAGGAAAUAUAUUUCAUAUUUAAAUCAAUUAUACAACAAUAAAUUCAUAAAAUUCAGCAUUAAAUUGGUUAAAUCCAUAAUAAACUAAAGGUAAAUUACAUCCUUAUUUAUUUACUUAAUGUGAACCUAUUUAUGCUAGAAGCAUUUUUCCAUGUAUGGAUUCUCCUAGUGUAAAAUCUACUUUUUAAACUUAAAUUCAUGUUAAUAAUCCACUUAAAGCUUAUGUUUCAGGUGUUCUCAUUCAUUCACAAUAAUAAAAUUCUAAUAUAUAAAAUUUUAGCUUUUAAUAAAAUAUUCCUAUACCAAGUUAUUUAUUUGCUAUUGUUGCAGGAAAUUUAGAAGAGAAAAAAGUAUCUGAAAGAACAAGUGUAAUUGCAGAACCGGAGGUAGUUGAAGAAUAUUCUAAAGAAUUAGAAGACAUGGAAUUUUAAUUACAAACUUUAGAAAAUUUAAUCACAAAAUAUGUUUGGGAGUAAUAUAAGGUUGUUGUACUUCCACCUAGUUUUCCAUAUGGAGGUAUGGAAAAUCCUUUAUUAACAUUUGCUAGUCCAUCUAUUAUUGCAGGAGAUAAAUCAGGAAUUGAUGUUAUUAUCCAUGAAAUGGCUCAUUCAUGGAGCGGAAAUUUAGUUUCUUGUAAAAAUUGGGACUCUUUUUGGCUUAAUGAAGGCUGGACAGUAUUUUUUGAAUUAGAAACUUUAAAAUAAUUAAAAGGAAUAAAUGAUUAUAAAUUAAGAUGUGCUAUUUUAGAUUAAGAAUUGAAAAACUAAAUAUCUUAUAUUGGAGUUAGUCAUAGUUAUACGAGUUUAAAUCCUUAAGUAAAACAUGAAAAUCCUGAUGAUGCUUUCAGUUCUGUACCAUAUUAUAAAGGAUUUUAAUUUUUAAAAUUCUUACAAGAAUUAGUCGGAGAAGAUAAAUUUAUGAAAUUCUAUAAAAGUUACAUUAAUAAAUUUUAAUUUUAGUCUAUUACUACUGAAGAUUUUAAAAAUUUUUUCAAAAGUUUUUUUGGAUAUUUAAUUUAUAAAUAAAUAAACUGGGAAGAAUGGUUAAAUAAAGCUGGUUAUCCUCCAAAAACAUAUGACUAUUCAGAUGAAGAAGUUGUUAAAUUACCUAUUCAAUUGGCUACAAAGUUCUUACAUAACGAUUUAGAUAAUUAAACUUUGGAAGAUUUGUCAAAAUAAUGGAAUUAAUUUAAUAACCCAGAAAUUUACAUAAAAUGGAUUUUAGCUGCUUUAUGUGCUAAAUAUGAUACAAUUUUACCUUUUGUUGAAACCCAUUUAAAAGAACAUGGAAGAAUGAAGUUUGUAAAAUGUGUUUAUUAAUCUUUAAUUACUAAUUAUGGAGCUGAUUAUGCUAAGAAAGUGUUUGAUUAAAAUCAAAGUUUGUAUUAUGGAUUAACCCUUACUUCAACAUAAAGUUUGUUUGAUUAAAAAUGA